AUGGAACAGCAUAAGCAAAAGCACGCAGCCGCUCUGAAAAACACCCCUACUACUGAACCUUCCACAUCUCGAGAUGCACCUGGCACGACAUCGUUACCCAAGAAUCCUUAUGAGCUAAGCCCUGUGGAAGUGGAGAAUAUCCACCUCUUUGCCACUCUCGUUGACCGACUACAACACCAGCCACCCGGUACUAUUCUACGCGAGCCUCAGAUUCAGGAGUUGUAUGAGAGCAUCGGCACCCUUCGACCAAAAUUGGCUCGGAGCUAUGGUGAGACUAUGAGCAAACAUGUAGAGGGACACAAUAGCAAAGCAUCUUGCUGGGUUGCAAUCCAUGGCUCCGUUUAUGAUGUGACUGAUUUUGUGGACUCUCACCCCGGAGGUCCCAAUGUCAUCCUGCGCUGCGCUGGGAAGGAUGCUACAGAGGACUUCGACUCGGUACAUGAGCAAGAGAUCCUAACACAGUCUUUGGCCCCUUCAGCUCUUCGCGGACACAUUGAGCCGGGUACUCUAGUGAAGUCGAACGACAUCAACGAAACUAAGAUACCAAACAAGGAUGCAAGCCUGCCUCCUCCGCUAAGCAGCUUGCUUAAUCUUCAUGAUUUCGAAAUUGUCGCCGAGAAACACCUUCCCCCUAAUGCUUGGGCUUAUUACGCCUCCGGAGCCGAGGGCGAGAUUAGCAAGCGACAAAACUCCAAGGCAUUCCAGAAAGUCUCUCUUCGACCGCGCAUCCUUCGCAGCAUUCCGACUGUAGUUACAACGACUACUAUUCUGGGCAAGCAAGUUUCAUUGCCAGUCUACAUGAGCGCUGUUGGCAUUGCAAAGCUCGCCCAUCCCGAUGGAGAACGCGCCCUAGCAGCCGCAGCUGGGAAAGAAGGAUUGGCACAAGUGCUUGCCAAUGGGGCCAAUAAUGUUAUUGAGAGUGUUAUGGAUGCGCGAACGAGCCCAGAGCAGCCUAUCUUUCAGCAGCUAUAUGUUAACCGUGACAUCACGAAGUCUGAAGAUGUGGUUCGGCGUGCGGAACGAGCUGGUGCCAGUGCCAUCUGGAUCACGGUUGACUCUCCUGUUGUAGGAAAGAGGGAGAUGGAUGAACGAAUUAAUCUUCAGGUUGAGGCGAGGGACGACCCGUCUAGAAAAGGGCAAGGCGUUGCCAAAACAAUGGCCAACUUUAUUUCCCCAUUUAUCGAUUGGGAUAUUCUUUUGUGGUUGCGGGGCCUCACCAAACUACCUAUAGUCAUCAAGGGGAUUCAAUGUGUUGAGGAUGCGGUACAAGCAUAUCACUACGGAGUGCAGGGGAUUGUUCUAUCCAACCAUGGAGGACGAUCACAAGAUACCGCCCAGGCACCCCUCCUCACUCUUCUUGAGAUUCGGCGAUAUGCCCCGUUUCUCAUUGAGAGCAAAAUGCAAAUCUUCAUUGACGGCGGCAUUAGACGAGGCACCGAUGUGUUGAAAGCAAUAGCUUUAGGAGCGACCGCCGUAGGGUUAGGUCGGCCUACGUUGUAUAGCCUUGCGGCAGGAUAUGGUGAACAGGGGGUUCGGCGAGCCGUUGAGAUUCUACGACAAGAGAUAGAGUCUAAUAUGGUCUUUCUGGGAGUUACGAAUCUAAAGGAGCUGGGACCGCAUCUUUUAAAUACUGCUAGAUUAGAGAGAGACGUGGUUGGGGUAUCUUCCUCGACAGCGGAAACCAUGGGCAGCACAGAUUCCGCCCUCACAACGGUAAUCUAG